AAAUCCCUCAAUUCCUUACUCUUCACCCGCACCCCCACCAGGCCACCCCCACCGUUCCUUGAACGUAUCAAUCAAUCCCUCGACGACAACACAACAACAAAUGCCUGCGGACCUGCUGGUUCCCUAUAACUCAAUAGCUUCCCUCAACUCAAAUCCCGUAUAGUCACCAUCCAUCCUUACCCACCUAAACACACGCUUCUCUUUCUCUCUCUCGCCAAACCCCAUUUGCCCCCUUUUUUCCCGUUACCCUUUUUGUUUCUUUACAUCUGCCUAUAAGAAAAAAGUUUUCUUCUUCAUAACCAAGACAACAUCCAAAGAACCAAAGUUCAAACCUUUAAUCUCAAAGAUCCCCCCCCCCCGGUUUCUUUUUUGUUCUUUCAUGGGGUUUGUAAUUCUUUUGCUGCUAACCUUUACUACACUUCCAUUAUCUUCCUCAGAUCCAAACGACGAAGCUUGUUUAACUCAAUUAAGCCAAACCUUGAAAGACCCUUUAAACAACUUACAAAACUGGACCAAAUCCACCUUUGCAAACCCUUGUAGUGGUUUCACAUCUUAUCUCCCUGGUGCAACUUGUAACAAUGGUCGAAUCUACAAGCUUUCCCUCACCAACCUCUCUCUUCAAGGCUCUAUUUCCCCAUUUCUUUCCAAUUGUACCAAUCUUCAAUCCCUUGAUUUGUCUUCAAACUCCAUUUCAGGUCCUAUCCCUCAAGAUUUACAAUACUUAGUCAACUUAGCAGUACUCAACCUUUCAUCUAAUCGCCUUGAAGGAGAGAUCCCUCAACAACUUGCAUUAUGUGCUUACUUAAACGUCAUUGAUCUUCAUGAUAAUUUACUCACUGGUCAAAUUCCUCAAGAAUUAGGCCUAUUAGCACGGUUGUCAGCUUUUGAUGUUUCAAACAACAAGCUGUCAGGUCCAAUACCAGCAUCAUUAGGUAAUAGGAGUGGGAAUUUACCAAGGUUUAAUGCCACAUCUUUUGGUGGAAAUAAGGAUCUUUAUGGAUACCCUUUACCACCUAUGAAAAGUAAAGGGCUAUCAGUUUUGGCCAUUGUUGGGAUUGGAUUAGGAAGUGGACUCGCGAGUUUGGUUAUUAGUUUCACUGGGGUUUGUAUUUGGUUGAAAAUUACAGAAGAAAAAAUGGCUGCUGCUGAAGAAGGAAAGAUUGGUCAGUUCAUGCCUGAUUAUUAAAAAAAAAAAGAAGAAGAACAAAUAUCAUUGAAGAUCAUUGAGCUUAAAUUCAAAAAAGAAAGAAAAUCCCAGUGGCACCAAAAGCAGCAGAGGGAUGGAUUGGUCAAAUUAGCUUUCAAUCCUCUCAUUAAUGGGGUCUUCCAAGAAUCGCAUGCAUCUCAUCAUCAUUGCCUGGACCCCCUUCUUUGCUUUUUUUCUUUAUGUUACUGUUGUUUGGAAUCUGGAAAAAAGAAAAAGAUAAAAAGGAAAACUAUUUGUUUGUUUUUCUCAUUGAUUCAUUUGAAUCCAUUGUUUCCCCAUUUUAA